ACCAAGCGUUCUAGGUGUGACGUCGAGUAUAACAGGUUCCGAGGUUCUAAUUCAUCUAAAUCUUUAUUGGCUUCAGUUAGUUGUUAUCGUUGCUCUAAGGUGUUGCUUAUUCGGAACAAAUCAAAACCGAUAUCAUUAGAAUACUAUGGCGCUAUUGCAAAAAUUAUUUCAGAAAACAUUAUUGACGAAUCUGCGGGCGUACAGUGUGAAAAGUUUACAAAAACCACCUAAAAUUUUAAUUACUGGUGGUCUGGGUCAACUAGGCGUGGAAUGUGCGAAAUAUUUACGACAAAAAUAUGGCCAACAAAAUGUUAUUCUAUCAGAUAUAAUAAAACCAACCCAAGAUGUGGCUAAUGAUGGUCCAUAUAUUUUCGCUGACAUUCUAGAUUUUAAAGGACUCCAGAAAAUUGUUGUCGACCACAGAGUAGACUGGUUAAUACAUUUUUCUGCUCUGUUAAGUGCGAUAGGUGAACAAAACGUCCCACUGGCUGUGAGAGUGAACAUCGAAGGCAUGCACAACGUUAUAGAGCUUGCAAAACAGUAUAAACUAAGGAUUUUUGUUCCUAGUACAAUAGGUGCUUUCGGCCCAGACUCUCCCAGAAACCCAACCCCGAAUAUCACUGUUCAAAGACCAAGAACAAUUUACGGUGUGUCUAAAGUCCACGCGGAGUUAUUGGGAGAGUACUAUUAUCAUAAAUUCGGGCUUGAUUUUCGUUGUUUACGAUUUCCUGGUGUUAUUUCCAGCGAUCCACCAGGUGGAGGCACAACAGAUUACGCCAUAGCAAUCUUCCAUGACGUUUUACGUAAAGGCCAUUACCAAUGCUAUUUAAAACCAGACACGAGGCUACCAAUGAUGCAUGUGAGGGACGCACUAAAAGCCCUCUCAGAGUUCCUGGAAGCCCCAAACGAAAUCCUGAAUAGACGCUGCUAUAAUGUCACUUCGAUGAGCUUCACACCUGAAGAACUGGCCGACAAAAUGAUUAAAUAUAUACCAGAUUUUAAGAUCACAUAUAUGCCGGACGCAAGACAGGAGAUUGCUGACAGUUGGCCCCAAGUGUUUGAUGAUAGCGAAGCAAGAAGAGACUGGAAUUGGAACCCCAAAGUGGACCUGGACAAUUUAGUUGAACUUAUGAUGCGCGAAGUCAAAGAGAAAAUUGCCAGCAACGGCUUUUGACAUUGCAUACUUAAAAUUAGUUUUAAUAAAAGGAACACAUUUAUUGUAACUUAACCUCAGGGCCUGGUACAAUAAAUUGCAAAAAUCCUAAAUCAGCCGUGCUCAUGGAAAUUUAUAUAACAUACUUUAGAUAACAUAGAUAGAUAUUUUGUAAAUGUUUGAUCUAAAAAUCUUAUGUAAUUUUAUUAAAUCAAAGUUGUGUUAAUUUAAUUGACAAUAAGCUGAAUCUCUAAUAAAUCGUCACAGGAAAUUUAAUACAAAGACUAGAUAUAUAGCUUAAAUGUUUGUUACAUUUAUAAAUAGCCCAAUUAGCAAAUCAUAAAGCCACUGGCAAUUAUUACGUUAAAUAAAAAUAUAUUCGGGGAAACAAAUGCAGUUAAUAUGGCAACUUUUUUAUAUACAAAUUGUCAUUUGUCAACUUAAUGUGGUAUCUGUGGCAGUAUCUUUAUGAUUACUGAUUACUGAAUAGCACUCAAAAUGUGAAAUUAUGAAAAUAAUGUAAGAAACUCACUUCUAUUUAGGUUUAAGUUGUAUUUAAAAUGCAUUUUCAAACAAAUACUUUAUUUAUCCAAUAACCAAUUCUUAGCUUACAAUGUUAGUAAGCAUACCUACUAUAAUGUAAACACAAUAUUAAUUCCUAUUAAAUAAAAUCACAUAUACGCAAUAACUACAAUAUACAUAUGCGUGUCAAUUAAUAAAUUGAAUACAGAAUUUUGCAAGUCUUAAGAUAAGAUUCAUAGUCGAGGCCCAGCGCUAAGUAUAACUGGCGUGUCCAAAACGAAUUUGAGUUACACUUAGCACUAAGAACUAUAAAUCUUAGGUUCAAAUGAGACCAUAUUCUUUUACAAGGUCAAUCGUUAACGACCAUAAAAUUAAAAAAGCAUAUUGCACUGACUUCAUGGACGGAUACUCAAUGAAAUAAGACAAAAAAAAAAUAUUUUAACUGAAAAUUACUAACCGGCGGAUUGAAUAUUCGACCAUGUCUCUUAACCUAAAUAAAAUAACUAGCGUGACUAUAACGAAACCAAAAU